AUGGCGGCGUCACUUGCACCCGAGUGCAACGAAAUGAAGGAGAAAUACGACACAUGCUUCCUGAAGUGGUACAGCGAAGAGUUUCUUAAGAAAAGCUCGACGUCAACCGAGAGCAAGGACAAGUGUGACGGUCUCUUUAAAGACUACCAGAAAUGCCUACAGGUGGCUUUGAAGCAGAAGGGGAUCGACAAGCUGGUCGAAGAGGCAAGGGAAGACCAGAAGGAGAAUGACCACGUCUACAUGGGACGAAAAUGA